AGCUUUCCUCACCCCGGUCUUCUGAGGCAGGAGACUACAACAUCUCUGUGAGCCUUUAUCUAGUUUAGAAGCCUAGAACCAGAGCCUGUGCUGGGGGAGCCACAGGGCCACACAGACCUUGCUCAGCUUCCUUCUUGUCCUCAGUGUUCCAACUUCCUCAGCAGUUCACACUGCACAGGCUGUGGGGGCUGCCUGGACCCUGCCCUGACCUGGUCUCCUCUCCUCAGAGCAUCCCUACCUCCUUCCCUGCUUGCUCCCCUCCAGCUUGAGAAGAGGACCUAUGGCCUGGGAGGCCACAUACCUGCUAUCCCCCAUCCUGCUGGUGCUCCUGGCCUCAGGCUCCUGGGCACAGGAUGCAGAGUUACUUCCAGCAGUGGAAGGCCAGACAAUAUUUGUGAAAUGCCAGUAUAAUAGCAGCCAACACUCCAAGGAGAAGAUUUGGUGUCAGAAAACAUCAACAGAAAGUUGUAAAUCAUUAGUGUCCAGUCUCAGCACAGAUAAACAGUGGCCAAAAUUCUUCAUCCGGGAAUAUCCAAAGUCUCACUUCUUCACUGUCACCAUGACUACACUCACGGUGAGAGACUCGGGUCUCUAUGUCUGUGGGAUCUCUGGAAAUAGCAGAGAAAUCAUUAUCCUCAAAAGCAUCUACCUGGCAGUGUCAAAAGGUCAUCCAACUACUACUGCCUCUGCCAUGAUUCCAACUUGGACAAGAACCAAAGCUCCCCCGUUUAAUACCACAAAGGACCUGAGUACUGUCUUUGCCAGGUUCUCCAUAUCCAGCAUUGUUGUUCUCAUAGUCUGUGGACUCCUCAUUAAGACCCUUAUCUUCACUGUCUUGUUUGCUGUCACAUGGAGGUCAUUUGGAGGACAGACAACGACGACACAACGGUGACUUAUGACUUUCAGCCCUGUCUAUCUCACAGGAGGAGCUGGAGGUGGGUGGGGCUAAGGAGGAACUGUGACAGAAUUGAAUCUGUAAUCAUGGGUGACAUCUAAGGCCCAGAAUGUCCCCUGCAGGCCCUGCCUUUCUCCACAGUCCACCCAUCAUCUUGGGAAUGCGCUCUGUACCCUGAGAAGACAGGAACCAAUGCCCAGCACCUCUGGCCAUUCUGCCUGAAUAGAUGAGUUGGACUCAAAUAAGACAUCCCUGUGCUCCUCCCUGUCACCUUUCAUGGGAGACAUGAGAUUUAGGGGUGACCGCUGCUAUUCCUGCCCCUUGUCCUUGCCUUAGAGAGCGCAAAUCAAGCCACCUGGGCAGGCCCUUGCUUAUGAAGCAGCCUGCUCUCCCAGCCUCUAGGGCCUUCCUCUCUGGGAAUCAACACUCAGAUUUGUCUUCCUCUGUGGUCCUCUGAACACUCCCAACCAAAGACCAAGAAGACAAGAUCCCUUCUUGAGGAUUAUGGAACUGGGAGAGAGAAAUCAAGUUAGUUGGAUG